AUGACGGAUGUGCUGGAAGCAUCUGGCGCUGGAGACCGGCCUGGCCGGGCAGCGGUGGCCAGGAGCGCCAUGCUGCAGGACUCGCCCUUCUUCCAGCAGUACGAGCUGGACCUGCGGGAGCCCGCGCUCGGCCAGGGCAGCUUCUCCGUGUGUCGCCGCUGUCGCCAGCGCCAGAGUGGCCAGGAGUUCGCGGUCAAGAUCCUCAGCCGCAGGCUGGAGGAGAACACGCAGCGAGAAGUGGCCGCCCUGCGGCUUUGCCGGUCGCACCCAAACGUGGUGAAGUUGCAUGACGUGCAUCACGACCAGCUGCACCGUACGUACCUGGUUCUGGAGCUGCUGCGGGGCGGGGAGCUGCUGGAGCACAUCCGCAAGAAGCGGCACUUCAGCGAGUCCGAAGCGAGCCAGAUCCUGCGCAGCCUCGUGUCGGCAGUGAGCUUCAUGCACGAGGAGGCGGGCGUGGUGCAUCGGGACCUCAAGCCCGAGAACAUUCUGGACGCCGAUGACACGCCCGGAGCCCCCGUGAAGAUCAUCGACUUCGAGUUCGCGCGGCUGCGCCCGCAGAGCCCCGCGGGGCCCAUGCAGACGCCCUGCUUCACGCUGCGGUAUGCAGCUCCCGAGCUGUUGGCGCAGCAGGGCUACGACGAGUCCUGCGACCUCUGGAGCCUCGGUGUCAUUCUGUACAUGAUGCUGUCGGGGCAGGUCCCCUUCCAGGGGGCCUCAGGCCAGGGUGGGCAGAGCCAGGCGGCAGAGAUCACGUGCAAGAUCCGCGAGGGGCGCUUCUCUCUUGACGGGGUGGCCUGGCAGGGCGUGUCUGAGGAAGCCAAGGAGCUGGUCCGAGGGCUCCUGACGGUGGACCCCGCCAAGCGGCUGAAGCUCGAGGCGCUGCGGGGCAGCUCAUGGCUGCAGGACGGCAGCGCCCGCUCCUCGCCCCCGCUCCGGACACCCGGGCUGGAGUCCUCGGGGCCAGCUGUGCGCUCCGGGCUCGACGCCACUUUCAGGGCCUUCAACCCGGGCAAGCGCGAGGGCUUCUUCCUGAAGAGCGUGGAGAACGCGCCGCCGGCCAAGCGGCGGAAACAGAAGCUGCGGAGCGCCGCCACCUCCCGCCGCGUCUCCCGCGAGCCCGCCGCCCCGGGCAGGGCCCCCGCCGCCAAGGGAGCCCCCAGACGAGCCACGGCCCCAUGCCGCCCUCCUAGCCAGCCCCCUCCACAGCGACCCCUCCUUCCCCCCAUAGGGGCUGUGACCCGGGAGCCUCGAUAG